GUCAAAGACGCUUGCGCGUCCUUAUCUAUCUACGUGCUUCCUCUCUUAACUGACUGUUAUACCUUGAUAGCCUAACUUUCAAGUCAUUGCGGAGCCACCGUGUCGCCGCGCGCAUCUCCCCGGACCUUGUCAAAACGCUCGCGUACUCUUGCCGCGCACAUUCUAGCCGCAACAGCAGAGAUCCAUCGCAACCGGAGCGGCGGCUUGCACACCAUGCCCCAGAUCAGUCCUUCGAAAUUCUAUGUUCAAUACCAAGGUCAUCCGAUUGAAGAUCUGAAAACAUUUCAUGAUAUCACACUCCAGCAACGGCCCGACACACCCAAGAUUUGGCUUGCGGGCGACUCGUCACUCGACAACAAGUACUGGGUGCCUGGCUCUGGGCCUGGUGGCGAUCCUCUCGAUGUCGAGAUACCGGAGAUUUACAUUCAUACUCUCCAGCGAGCAACACCAAAGCCGGAUGUUGCGUUUUGGAUCAACCACGUGCUGGGCAACAGGGCGACGUGCAUUAAUACAGCUGUCGAGGCAUCGAUGUUGCGCGAAAGAGACAAGACACUGUUGCCUCACGACGACUUAAUUCGAGAUCAUAUCGGGAAGGAAGAUGUUCUGAUUGUAAGCGUUGGUUGUAACGACAUCGCGAUGAAGCCGACUUUUUCUACCAUCUGGCGCAUGUUAGCGCUAGCUUGGCUGACCCCACGCUCCUCUAUAGAUCACGGAAGUGCAUGGUCUCUAGGCUACUUUGCGCAUCUUUUCGGGUCCAAGACCGCGAACUACGUCGAGCGUCUAUGCUCGAGAACAAAGCCUCGUGCAGUUAUCAUUUGCAUGAUAUAUUUCCCACUGGAAGCGCAGUAUGGGCAGCGGGGAUGGGGAGAUAAAGCUUUGAAAGCUUUAGGGUAUGGCAGAGAUCCCAGAAAAUUGCAAGCUGCAAUCAGAGCGAUGUUCGAAAUGGGCACCAAGAAAAUCAAGAUCGAGGGAACAGAAGUUAUACCUUGUAAGCUGUACGAUGUGCUUGAUGGAUCCAAUAGGGCGGACUACGUGGAAAGAGUUGAGCCGAGUGCGAAUGGUGGAAGAAAGAUGGCCGGCAUGUUCAAGAUACUCAUUGACGAUGUCUUGAAAAAAGUGUUAUAGAAGUUCAGCCGUGGACUCACGGCGACAUAUAUCUGCAGCUGCAGAGCAGUAUUCAAAAAUAGAUAUAUAACAAACAUAUAGUGUGUGAAUAUUUAUAGAGC